CUCGGACUUGCCGCAGCUCCUCACAGACCCACCAGGCGCACCAGCAGCCCCAGUCUCUGCUGACUCAGUGCCUUAACAGCAGUCCCUCCACCCGGUGAGACAGCACCCAGCACCCGGACAGCCCGCACCGCCCCGCAGUCAUGGCCAAAACCGCAAUCGCUUACAAAGAGAAGAUGAAGGAGAUUUCUGUCCUCUCGCUCAUCUGCUCCUGUCUGUACCCCGAGAGCCGUAAAAACAUCCUGGGGGAUUUUGAAGACAUGGACAUCAAACCACUAAACAAGCGGGCCUCAGGGCAGGCCUUUGAGGUCAUUCUGAAGCCGCCGUCCCCGGUGUCUGAGGUAGCUCACUGCAUCACCAGUCCCCCAAAGAGGGACAUUUCCCUGGAGGACAUCCAGAAGAAGCUGGAGGCAGCCGAGGACAGGAGGAGAUCCCAGGAGGCGCAGAUCCUUCGAAUCCUGGCUGAGAAACGGGAGCACGAGCGCGACGUGCUGCUGAAGGCCAUGGAGGAGAACAGCAACUUUAGCCGCCUGGCCGAGGAGAAGCUUCAGCUGAAGAUGGAGCAGAUUGAGGAGAACCGGCAGGCCUUCCUGGCCGCCAUGAUGGAGCGCCUGCAGGAGAAGGAGAAGCAUGCGCAGGUGGUGCGCAGGAACAAGGAGCUGAGAGAAGAGCUGUUGCCGUGAGAAGCCCCCCUCCCCCCUCUCCACCGGCUCUACAUCCCCAGGCUUCUGUCACCACCACCAGCCCUGAGGAUCACCUCCCUCCCCGCCUUGUCCUACAUGCCCACACACCUCUCCACCCCUUUGCCUGCCAUAUCCCCCCACCCCCCCUUUCCCCACUUCUGUAUUACUACAAAACUACAAAAAGACACCACCCUGAGCGAGCAGAGGUUCAAAUGGGGUAGGGGGUGGAAAGGAUUACAUAAAAUUACAAAAAAACAAGAAUAAGAAUAAG